UCCCCCCCCUUUUUUUUUCAUUUUGGCUUCUAUUCAAAUGUGGGUCAGGGGUGAGCAGCUCCCAACGUCACAAGCUUGCAAGAUGGCGCUGGGAGGAAGGCUGUGAGAUGAGGAACAGGCUGGUAUAGCCCGAGAGCCGAAGGGGACGGGGGAGCAAAGCUGCUGCUACCGAUGCAAUAACAAGACAAAAAGAAAUGAUGAGCACCCGCAACUCACAUUGAAGUCAACAUCUUUGGGUCAAAUAUGCCCUCAAUCACAGCUUUGCAAUCUCGGUGACUUCAGAGGGACUGUUUACCCAUCUGUCAAACGGGUAUAAUAUUUAUAGCUGCGCUCAAGCGUCCCUGCUGGUUCUUCAUUCAGCAUCUGUGCAGCCACGUUCUAUUGAUGGCCUGUUGUGAUUUCAAUGGAACAUCAUGGGAUGUACCUGGCACGUCAGGCAGCACUGGAUGGAGGUGCCUUUAGUCCAAUGUACCUGGCAUGGUGGUGAAGAGAAGGUGAAAGGAAGAGAAGGUGGAGAUGGAACUGCCAAAUCAUGCCAAACAACUGCUACUGCAGCUGAACCAGCAAAGAGCCAAAGGUUUCCUCUGUGAUGUGAUUAUUGUGGUAGAAAAUGCCCUGUUUCGUGCCCACAAGAACAUCCUGGCAGCCAGCAGCAUGUAUUUCAAAUCCCUCGUCCUGCAUGACAACCUGAUUAACUUAGACACGGACAUGGUGAACCCCACUGUGUUCCGACAGAUCUUGGACUUUAUUUAUACUGGGAAGCUCUUAACGACUGACCAGCCUGGUGAACAGAACUUUAAUGCUCUCCUCACCGCAGCAAGCUACCUCCAACUGCACGACCUGGCAGCUCUCUGCAGGAAGAAACUGAAGCGGAAUGGGAGGUCUUUCGCUGGCAGGGCCGGCGGCUCCAGUGUUGGGAGACCCCCCAGGAGUCAGAGGCUUUCUACCACUUCAGUCAUCCAAACUCGUUAUUCAGGGUCAACUGAGGGCAUGAAGGGCUCGCACUCAAAGGAGCUGCCAAAGGGAAAGGUCUCUGACGAUGAGAUCUUCAUCAGCAGCUCUAACCAAGAGAACUCUCACUCCUUAAGCAGGGGAGCCAGCAAGAACGGUGGCAGUGCAAAUGGAAGCAGUGGCGACCAGGAGCUCGGCCUCGACCUGUCCAAAAAAAGCCCGUCGCUCCCCACAGCAGCCUCCCAGGACGACACACAGCACAGCGAAAGCCAGCACGGCUCUCCCCAAUCUGCCUCAGCCCCCGCAGCCAACAGUGCCUCAUCAUUCGACGAGUCUGCAGCCGGAGCCCCCCAGAGUGCAGCAGACAGCAGUGAGCCCAUGGAGAUGGACAUGAACGAGGAGAGCCACUCCCUGGCGGAGAGCGGCCAGCGCAAGAGCCUCCGGCACUCGGCACGCAAGAAGGAGUGGAUCAAGAAAGACAAUGCUUUUGACCGGAAAGAGGGGGGCAAAGGUGGUGAGGAAGGCGAGGGGCUGCCCAAUGGCAUCCUGGUGGGUCCCUUGUCCAAGUCGACUGAGCGGAACCUGAGCAACGCCUAUGGCCCGGAGCAGGCGUUCCAGUGCAAAGAGGAGAUAGAAAACGGCAAGGAGAUGAGUGAUGACAGCGGACAGAGCGAGUGUGAGAGCGGGGGGCACACCAGCGCCAACUACGUCUACCGGCAGGAGGGGUUUGAGCCUGUGGCCUACGGUGACAACCUGUAUGUCUGCAUCCCCUGCGGCAAGGGCUUUCCCAGCUCCGAGCAGCUCAACGCCCACGUGGAGACGCACACCGAGGAAGACCUCUACAUCAAGGAGGAAGGCACGUACGGUGGCAAGGAGGAAGCUGAAGAUUUGUCCAACCCUAACCAGCCCUACGCUGCAGAAUCCCGGCCCUUUAAGUGUUCAGUAUGUGAGAAGAGCUACAAGGAUCCAGCCACUCUGCGGCAACAUGAGAAGACUCACUGGCUGACACGGCCCUUCCCUUGCAACAUCUGCGGCAAGAUGUUCACGCAGCGGGGCACCAUGACACGGCACAUGCGCAGCCAUUUAGGGCUCAAGCCCUUUGCUUGCGAGGAAUGCGGGAUGCGCUUUACCCGGCAGUACCGACUGACAGAGCAUAUGCGGGUCCACUCAGGAGAAAAACCCUACGAAUGUCAACUGUGUGGUGGGAAAUUCACCCAGCAGCGCAAUCUGAUCAGCCACCUGCGAAUGCAUACCUCUCCCACAUAAGCCAAAGACUCCAGAAUGAGCUUCGAGCCCAUCCGCAGUGAUUUACCUUUCUGUAGACUUGCUGCUUAAGAGGGCAACUCCCCUCCUUUGUUCAGUCAUGAGCGGCCUAAACAAACAUAGCUUUAAGAAUUUUUUUUUUUUAAUAAAAGACAAAGAAACAUAGGUCCACAGCCAAGCUGAUGCCCUUCUCAAAUCAUUCCCCACCCCUCCCUUGCUGAAUCUCAAUGGUGUGGCAAGAAAUGCCAUUUAUUUUUGUGGGUUUUGACUUGGCCUCUCUUUUGAUCCCUCCACCCAGGUAGCAGGAGUGAGGUCUCCUGCCUGUUGGAUGGUAAGUGGGAAUGGGGAGAGAAAUUCCAUCUGAUCCACUAGAGCUGUACCAACUCUUUAUUUCCCCCCCCCCCCUUGGCACUCCUGUAGUGCUUUAUAGACUUUGAUCAAGUGUUAUUUCCUGCACUAACGAAAAGUGCAAGUGGAACGUGUCAUCCACUGGCUACUCUGUGGGCUUUGCCUUUCCUUUUGCAUUCAUGUUACAUUACUAAUGUCCCUACAACCAGAUUCAAUAAGGGCAUUCCUUGCCACUCCUUAAAAAAAAUGAACCCCAUUUUCUAACAGCCCAGGUGGCUACAAAACCCCAAAGCAUUGCUUUUGCUGUACCCAGUGCAGAAGCUGUGGACGGACUGACUAACAGGGUUGGUAGCCCAUUUAAAUUCUGUGGGAAGCUGUGAUGGUGAUGGGAGUUGUCAUCCUUCCCCAUGAGGUGGAGAUGGCUAAAGCAGUCUACCUAAGUGUGUGCCAAGUAGUAUUUCAGUUAAGGAAAUGGCAACACAUUUUUUUUUCUUUUGGGUUUAGUCUUUAAUCUUGGCAUACCUAACCACAUGCCUCACCCCUCCUCUCCACCUCUGCAGCCUUACCCAUGACUGAACAGGGGUGUGGAUGCCCUGGAAAUUUCUUUCAGUGAGCAGGGGGUAGUCUUUACUUUUCUAGUAGUUUUGUAUGAAUAUUCUUUGCUUAGAGGUACUUGUUUUAUUAAAGGAAAAACCAUUGUAAUGUUUAUGUGAAUGUUUGAACUGGAAGG